GGAAGCGACGGGGGCUGCCGGUGAGGUGAGGUGAGGAGCUGAAGAUGAGCAAGCCCAUCACGACGUCAACGUAUGUCCGCUGCAUUAGCUACGGGCUCAUGAGGCAGCUGGCAGAUUUCAUCGAUCCGCAAGAAGGGUGGAAGAAAUUAGCAAUUGAUAUAACCAAUCCCUCUGGUGAAAGCAGAUACAACCAAAUGCAUAUAAGGAGAUUUGAGGCAUUUGUACAAAUGGGAAAGAGCCCCACAUGUGAAUUACUUUAUGACUGGGGAACGACAAACUGUACAGUUGGUGAUCUUGUGGAUCUGCUGAUUAGGAAUCAAUUCCUAGCACCAGCAAGCCUUUUACUUCCAGAAGCUGUAAGGAUGGCACAAGAAGUUACAUUACCUCUUUCUUCACAGGAAACGUUGCCUGUACAUGAGAAACAACUGCCUAUACAGGAAAAAGAAGUGGCAUCUGUAAAGCCUGUUUUAGUUCAGAGUGUUGAGAAGCAACAUUCAGCUCCUCCGUACUUAAGUCAAGAAAAUAGCAGCUCACAGUCCAGUAACACAGAUUUCCAUAAUUUUUGGUUUCAUGACUUGGAAAGUGUUACAAAUAAUUUUGAUGCACGACCAGAAUCAGCUGGAGGUAAUAAACUGGGAGAAGGUGGCUUUGGCAUUGUGUUCAAAGGUUACAUCAAUGGCAGAAAUGUGGCUGUCAAGAAGCUCGUUGCUAUGGUUGAUGUUAGUGUUCAGGACUUGAAACAGCAAUUUGAUCAAGAAAUAAAAAUGAUGGCAAAGUGUCAGCAUGAGAAUCUAGUAGAAUUACUUGGUUUCUCAAGUGAUGGUGCUCAGCCAUGUCUGGUGUACGAAUACAUGCCCAACGGUUCAUUGCUUGACAGACUUGCUUGUCUGGAUGACACCCCACCACUUUCUUGGAAUACAAGAUGUAAAAUUGUUCAAGGUACAGCAAAUGGCAUCAACUUUUUGCAUGAAAAUAAUCAUAUUCACAGAGAUAUUAAAAGUGCAAAUAUCUUAUUAACUGAUACAUAUAUGCCCAAAAUUUCUGACUUUGGACUUGCAAGAGCAUCUGUAACAUUCACACAAACACUCAUGACUGAAAGAAUUGUUGGAACAGCAGCCUAUAUGGCGCCUGAAGCUCUGCGAGGAGAGAUAACACCUAAGUCUGAUAUCUUCAGUUUUGGAGUAGUCUUACUAGAAAUAAUAACGGGUCUUCCUCCAGUAGAUGAAAACCGGGAGCCACAGUUACUGUUAAGUAUCAAAGAUGAAAUUGAGGAUGAGGAAGCAACUAUUGAGGAUUAUGUUGAUGAAAAGAUGAGUGACUGGGAUGCACCUUCAGUUCAUAAAAUGUAUUCAAUUGCUGAUCAGUGUCUGAAUGAGAAAAAAAACAGAAGGCCAGACAUCAAGAUGGUCCAACAGCAUCUACAAGAGAUAAAAACUUGAUACGUGUUUCUUCUGAUACACAAAUGUUUUUGUCAUGGAGUAGACACCAGUAGCAAAUAUUUUAUUAGUAUUUAGUGCGACAUUAUCAGCUUUUCUGCUUUCCAGAACUUUCUGGUCUGCAUAUAAGGUGUGCUGUUGGCCUGUCACUGUUGUGCUGUUUUUGUUAACUGAGCAGCCUUUUCACACAUCCUUAGCCACUGGGCCCUCAACAUGAGAACUUUUUUUGUAUUAAUAAAUUGCGGUGCUGGUA